AUGGCUCCUCAACUCCCGACCCCAAAUUCUAUACAAGAAGCUUACACCCUCAUAACCCCGUACAUCCACCGCACCCCGCUCCUUACAAAUCGCACCCUCAACGCCAUUGCUUCAGCCCGGCAGUCACCCGAUGCGCUACGCGGAACACCUUUCGAAGGCUCGACCCCAGCGCACCCCAAGAUAAACUUCUUCUUCAAAUGCGAGAACUUUCAACGCAUCGGCGCGUUCAAGGCCCGCGGCGCAUUUCACGCGCUGCUGAGGCUGAUUGAGCGUGAGGGCGAGGAGAAUGCCCUUGCGCUCGCCUCCUCAACUCUCGGGAUUCCCGCGUAUAUUGUCAUGCCGAAAAUCAGCACUCCCUCCAAGAUCGCAGGGACGCAGUCUCACGGCGCAGAAGUGAUUUUCAGCGGCUCAACGAGUGUAGAGCGGGAAGCGGUAGUUGCGGACGUCCAAGCGCGCACAGGGGCGAUUCUUGUCCCACCGUAUGACGAUUACCAUAUUAUUUGCGGCCAGGGGACGACGGGACUAGAGAUGCAUGCACAGUAUCUUGAUGCUGUGCGCGAGAAGCCUGAGUUGAGUGUACAUGAGUCCGAGUCUCCGUCCGCUAGGGAAGGUCUAGAUGCGGUGAUUACGCCGAUUGGAGGAGGCGGUCUCAAUUCCGGGGUUGCAACUUUCUUCUCGGAUAAGACGACGAAAGUCUUUGGCGCGGAACCGAGCUUCGAGGGCGCGGACGAUUGUCGGCGUGGGCUUGACGCUGGACAGAGGGUUGAGAGCGUGAAGACUCUGACGAUUGCGGAUGGGUUAAGAACGCCGGUGGGCGUGUUGAAUUGGGAGGUUAUUUCAGACAAGAGCAAAGUGGCGGGUGUGUUUUCCGUCACUGAGGAGCAGAUCAAGGCUGCAAUGAGGCUUGUUCUGGAACGAAUGAAGGUGGUUGUUGAACCAAGCGCUGUUGUGGGAUUGGCUGUUUGUCUGUAUAAUGAGGAGUUUCGACGGCUUGUCGAACGCGAGGCGCCAGCCGGCUGGGAUGUAGGAAUUGUGUUUAGUGGUGGGAAUACGACGGUUGAGGCGAUUGGGAAAUUGUUUGGUUGA